UUUAUCUUUUACCUGAAAAUUGAUAUUUAAAAGUUUAAAUACAUAGGAAGUCGAUUUUUGGGUAACAGAUAGAGUGUAAACUUGCCGCAAAUAGCACAGAGAAAGUUAACUUAUUGUUUUAAUUUGUUGCGGCUGGUUGUGCUUCAAACCAAAAACGUGCCGAUAAACUGUGUUUUUCAACUUUAUAUUGUAGUUGUUAUUUUGUUUUACGUUGUUGUUAGGCUUUUGUUCUGCCGCUGCUGCUGCAAAAAUUGGUGUGAUAGGUAGAAGACUAUGGUCUUAUCAUCGAUCUGUACCGCAACUUUAUUUGGUAAAAGACCUCUUUUGAAUAUUGGAGUACGACUUUUUGCAACAAUGACUGAGGCAUUGAAAACUCACGAGGUUGUUCCCGAUGUGAUUGAUACCGUGCCUCCUGCACUUGUCAAGGUGUCUUAUCCAAGUGGUGUUUCUGUAGAAAUUGGCAAAGAACUUACUCCAACCCAAGUAAAGGAUCAACCAACUGUUGAUUGGGAUGCUGACACUUCUGCUUUUUACACUCUUUGUAUGACAGAUCCUGAUGCACCCAGUCGCAAGGAACCAAAGUUCCGUGAAUGGCAUCACUGGCUUGUAGCUAAUAUCCCAGGGAAAGAUGUUUCCAAAGGAGAAGUAUUGUCUGACUACAUUGGUUCUGGCCCACCUCCAAAGACUGGUCUCCACCGCUACGUUUUCCUAGUGUACAGGCAGCCAGAAAAACUAACUUUCGAUGAAAAACGCUUGACAAACCGCAGUGGCGACGGGCGUAAUAAUUUUUCCAUCAAAAAGUUUGCUCAAAAGUACAAAUUGGGUAACCCAAUUGCUGGAAACAUGUACCAAAGUGAAUACGACGAUUAUGUGCCUAUUUUGUAUAAACAACUUGAGGGCUGAAUUAAUUUGUAAAAGUAGCUUUUAAACAGUGUAGAGAAACACUAAAAACAUCAGGACUGCAUAGUCUUUUUACUUAUGUAUUCAAUUAUUACGACCUCCGUUAUGAUUGCUAGCACAGAUUAUUGUUCUGGGAGUGAUUUAGAAAACAUCACUAUAAUUUUUGUAAAACAGGGCCAAUUUUUGUACAAUAAAGUUUUU